AUGGCGGCAUCCUGGUUUGCCCUCCGCGGCGGCCGCCAGCUCGCCCUGCGGUCGCGUGUGCGAGCUGGUCCUUCACCCGCGGCGCUGCGAUCGGCUGCGCUCUCGCCCUUCAAUGCCUCGCGCCGGGCCGUACACACCCAGCAGGGAGCGUCGCCCGCUCGGCGUGGCGUGUAUACCAGCUCCGUCAACGCCCACGGUGACCCUCACCCGCCGGAUGUCUUCCAGCCCCUCGAUACCUUCCCCCGCCGCCACAUUGGCCCGUCUCCGGACGCGGCGACGGAGAUGUUGGCGGUCCUCGACCCGCCGGCAUCCUCGUUGGAUGAGUUCGUCAAGCAGGUCGUCCCCGCGGACAUCCUCUCUAAGAACGACCUCACUGUCACCGAGCCCCACGCUGAUAUCAACCUGUACCGCUCCGCCGUGCAGGGUGGCCUCGGUGAGACUGAUAUGCUGAAGCUCCUCGAUACUUACCGGAAGAAUAUUGAUGUGUCUGGAAACACCUAUAUUGGUACCGGCUACUACCCGACCAUUGUGCCCCCGGUUAUCCUCCGUAACGUCUUGGAGAACCCCGCCUGGUACACCAGCUAUACACCCUAUCAGCCCGAGAUCAGCCAGGGCCGCCUGGAGUCUUUGCUCAACUUCCAGACCCUUUCUGCCGAUCUGACUGGCUUGCCUUUUGCCAAUGCCUCUGUUCUGGACGAGGCCACCGCCGCCGCCGAGGCCAUGACCAUGUCCUUCGCUACUAUGCCCACCUCCAAGCAAAAGAAGGCCGACAAGUCCUUCGUUAUUUCUCAUCUCUGCCACCCCCAGACCAUUGAGGUGAUGCGCUCCCGCGCCGAGGGAUUCGGAAUCAACCUGGUGAUUGGUGAUGUGAUGGCGGAUAACUUCAAGCUAGUUAAGGAGCAGGGCGAUCACCUGAUUGGUGUUCUGGCGCAGUACCCCGACACUGAGGGUGGUGUCUACGACUUCCAGGCUCUCAGCGACUCGAUCCACGGCCAGGGUGGUACCUUCAGCGUUGCGACUGACCUGCUGGCUCUGACCGUUCUUAAGGCUCCUGGUGAGUUCGGUGCCGACAUUGCUUUCGGUAACGCCCAGCGAUUGGGUGUUCCCAUGGGCUUCGGUGGUCCUCACGCGGCUUUCUUCGCUUGCGCCGACAAGUACAAGCGCAAGGUGCCCGGUCGUGUUGUUGGUGUUUCCAAGGACCGCACCGGCAACCGUGCCCUGCGUCUGGCCCUGCAGACUCGUGAGCAGCACAUUCGUCGUGAGAAGGCUACCAGCAACAUUUGCACUGCUCAGGCUCUUCUCGCCAACAUGACCGCCAUGUACGCUGUCUACCACGGCCCCGUCGGUCUGAAGUCCAUUGCUCAACGCAUCGUCUCCAUGACCACUAUGCUGCGUCAGAAGCUGGUUGGUCUCGGCUAUAAUGUUCCUGUCCGAUCCAACGUCGAGGGCGAGGCCGUCUUCGACACUCUGGCCGUUGAGCUGGAGAACCCCUUCGAGGCGGACGAUGUCAUUGCUGCCGCUCGUGAGAAGUCCAUCUACCUCCGCCGUUUCGGUGACAGCAAGGUCGGUAUCUCUCUGGACGAGACUGUCGGCCGUGACGAGGUCAAGGGGAUCUUGGAUGUCUUUGCCGCUCACAAGAAGGCUUCUCCUGUUACGGUCGAUGGCACUCUGUCCGUCACCCCUCUGCCCACCAGCCUGGAGCGUACUUCGGCGUAUAUGACCCACCCCGUCUUCAACACCCAUCACUCCGAGACUGAGAUGCUCCGCUACAUCAAGCACCUCGAGUCCAAGGAUCUGUCUCUGGCCCACUCCAUGAUUCCCCUGGGAUCAUGCACCAUGAAGCUCAACGCCACCACCGAAAUGAUCCCCGUUUCCUGGCCCGAAUUCUCCCAGAUCCAUCCGUUCAUGCCUGCCGACAAGGCCCAGGGCUACAUCCAGAUGAUUGAUGAUCUGGAACAGCAACUGGCCGACAUCACCGGCAUGGCCGAGGUCACUGUCCAGCCCAACUCUGGUGCCCAGGGUGAAUUCGCUGGUCUUCGUGUCAUCAAGAAGUUCCAGGAGGCCCAGGGUGAUGGAAAGCGCAACGUUUGCCUGAUCCCCGUCUCUGCCCACGGAACCAACCCCGCCUCCGCUGCCAUGGCCGGUAUGCGCGUCGUUACCAUCAAGUGCGACACCAAGACCGGCAACCUCGACCUUGCAGACCUGAAAGCCAAGUGUGAGAAGCACCAGGAUGAACUCGCUGCCUUCAUGAUCACCUACCCUAGUACCUUCGGUGUCUACGAGCCUGGUGCCAAAGAGGCCAUCAACCUGGUCCACCAGCACGGCGGCCAAGUCUACAUGGACGGCGCCAACAUGAACGCGCAGAUCGGUCUCUGCUCCCCCGGCGAGAUCGGCGCCGACGUGUGCCACCUGAACCUGCACAAGACAUUCUGUAUCCCGCACGGCGGCGGCGGUCCCGGCGUCGGCCCCAUCGGUGUCGCCGAGCACCUGCGUCCCUUCCUGCCCUCCCACCCCGCCAAUGAAUACCUCAUGUCCAAGCGUGGCGAGACCUCCUCCCCACCCAUCUCCGCCGCCCCCUGGGGUAGCGCCAGCAUCCUCCCCAUCACCUUCAACUACAUCAACAUGAUGGGCGACCGGGGUCUAACGCACGCAACCAAGAUCACCCUCCUGAACGCCAACUACAUCCUCGCCCGACUGAAGGCACACUACCCGAUUCUGUACACGAACGAGAACGGCCGGUGCGCCCACGAAUUCAUCCUCGACCUCCGCGGCUUUAAGGAAACGGCCGGCAUCGAGGCCAUCGACGUCGCCAAGCGUCUGCAGGACUACGGCUUCCACGCGCCGACCAUGUCCUGGCCCGUCUCGAACACGCUCAUGAUCGAACCCACGGAAUCUGAGAACAAGGCCGAGCUGGACCGCUUCUGCGACGCCCUCAUCUCCAUCCGGAAGGAGAUUGCGGACGUCGAGGCUGGCAAGCAGCCACGCGAGGGCAAUGUCCUCAAGAACUCGCCUCACACCCAGCGCGAUCUGCUUACCACUGAGUGGGAUCGUCCGUAUACCCGUGAGACGGCCGCGUAUCCGCAGCCUUGGCUGUUGGAGAAGAAGUUCUGGCCUAGUGUCACCCGUGUUGAUGAUGCUUUCGGUGACCAGAACCUCUUCUGCACUUGCGGUCCGGUUGAGGACUCUGAAUAG